UGAAUAUUUUAGAUUUAAAACAACAUGAGCUUAGAAGGGAAACGAUUUUUAGAAGAAUGUUUUGCUGGAAAUUUAUCUAAAGUGAAGGAACAUGUUGAAAAUGGAAUUGACUUGAACAUUGUGUGUUUGGAAGGAAAUGAAAUAAACAACCAACUAAAGGGAGCAAGUGGUUUGUGUAUUGCAGCAUAUGAGGGACAUCUGCAUGUUAUUGAUUAUCUGCUAAGUAAAGAUGCGGAUAUACACCACAGAUGUCAGAAAGGUGAAAGCCCGCUGUUCCUCGCUGCAAGAAAUGGUCACGCUUCAGUGGUGACAAGGUUGUUAGAUGCCGGUGCAUCGCUGGUGUAUACGGGGAACUCAGGGAAAAAGAUAGUUUUGGAAAACUGGGAAGUUUUUACUCAAGUGUUGCGCAAUGUUUAUCCCAAGAACAUUAAUGACCCAGAAAACUGUCAAUAUAAAUUGGUUGCGCAGCACUUGGUGGAACAUAAUGCAAUGAGUGAGAGACCAAGUAUUCUGUAUGAGACUAUGUUUUGUGCAUUAACCGUCUUUGCGAACCCGAUAGCUGUCUACAGUGUUGGUGUCUACGCCACCUUGUGCCCGGAACUCGCCUCGGCAGUUUUUACCGAAGAAAACUUUGUCAGCGCUCUCUGUCGAGCUUUUGACGUUUCACGAGCGCUUGACUUUGUGAAUACUGUCCACCAGGUGGUGUUGAUAAGCAAGCAACGACAGAAAGAGCUUUGCAUCUCACUCGUUAAACUUUUCAACUGGGGUGAUUUGCUUCGUCGCCUCGCUGAAGAUCUGCCGCGUCAUAAUGACAACACGACUCAUCAAUCCAUUGCAUUGUCCGACAGAUUGUUUAAAAUUCUCGAACUGUUUUCUUCGAAUGUUUACAUUCGGGUGGAGGUUUUGGACCAAUUCCGUGUGCUGAGUCAUGAUGACAUGGCAAGAAUUGGACGACUUAUUAAAUUUCUGAUUGAUUACAGCCCACCAAUUGGUACAAAUGACGUACUUCAUGAAAAAACUCAUAUUUGGCAAUUUCUUUUCUUUCUUCUGAAGACUUACUUUCGAUUAAAACUUGACAACCACAUUUCAAGGUUGUUAUUGAAGAACAGCGGGUCUUCUGAGUUCGAAAAGAGAGUUUUACUCAGAACCUUAGAAGAGGACGCCUCCCUCGCCCACCAGUUGCUUGACUUUGGUGUCGCUGUUAAUGGGGAUUGUAUGGUGAAGUCUAUACAGUGUGGACAUUACGACCUCGUGGAUAGGUUUAAGAACGACCGUGAGCUUUUAUUCUGCAAGGAAAUGGACUCGUUGUUGAAGGUUCAUCCAAGCGUGAAGAACUCAUCAAACCGGAACAUGAGGCGUUGCUUGAAGAUCGUUAAAAGUCAGCGAGGAAUACUUGAAGAUGAACGGCGAAGAUUUGAAGCCGAACUACUGGAUGAAACUACUGUGGCGCGAAGCUGUAAAAAGAAAAAACAAAAGUCGAAAACGAAACGAAAUAUUUCAUCAAGUUUGAGUGAAACUACCCACCCCCCUGAAGUAGAGGGCGGGGUAGAAGUUCCACGGACGGUUAGUUCCGAUAACGAUGUUCCAACUGCCGGGGUGAAGACGGAAAAACGGAAAAGGAAAAAUAAAAAGAAGAAUUCUGUUAAGAAAACAAACAAUGAGGAAAACAAUGGGGAUUGUUUGAAGGAAACAUCUGAACCCUCAGUGACCAAAGAAGAGAAGAAAGAAGAAGCGAUCCAAAACAACAUCUCUACAUCAUCAGGAUGGAGGGUUCUUGUCCUCCAAGAGUCGAGGAGGAGACGACAAAGUUCAUCUUCAUCUGACUGCAGCAUCGGACCCAGGAAGUCCGUUCACUUCUCGCAUCCUUUAACUUACUACGAGAGCUCGAAACCAAAGGAGCCGAUCUCGUGGUCGAAGAUGAAACCAAAGUACGAACCAUUGUUUAGUAAUUUAAAAAAAGUGAAAACGAACCCUGGUAUUGACCUUAUUCGGACGAAUAACUUUUAUUUCGACGACUUUGGAUCGGACGUACGUUGGAAACCGGAGUCGAACCGUUGGUCGCCGAGGUUUGAGGAUUUAUCUGAAACUGAUCGAUCGAAGCUACGUUGUCUAUCGUGGGGGGAAGGAGAAGUUUAUUUCUGUGAUAAAGAAAAACAUUUAAACAUCGGGACAGGACCCGACUUCAGCAACAUUUACCUUGGAUUGGAAGCUUGUGGAACCGAAAUGUCAAUCAAGAAAAUUAAUUUCAAGCGAGCGACAAUUUUGUCACAAAAGGAAAUUGUGACGUCAUUGUUGUCGUUGCCCGAUCAUAGAAAUCUUAACAAAUAUUAUUCGAUAUUGAAGGAGAAGCCGCAUUACUACGUGAUACAACAAGUUGGCGAAUACUCAUUGGAACAAAUAUAUAAGAACAAACUAUCAAUGUUGACCACCAGUGUUGAUGAUGCUUGCUUACAAGUUGCUAGUGGUUUGCAACAUCUGCAUACACACGGUGUGAUACAUAUGGCUGUUAAGCCACAAAAUAUCAUGGUCGGGGUUGACGGGGUUUUACGACUCAGCGAUUACGGUCUCCACAAGAGGGAGUACCAGAGUGAGGGGAAGCCGAGUGUGAUGACAUCAUCGAUGUGCUGGGUUGCGCAAGAGAGCUUACAAUCAUCGAGUAAUAUUUCCACAGCUUCAGAUAUUGCAUCACUUGGAAUGCUAAUGUUUUACAUAAUAACUGGGGGUUGUCAUCCAUUCGGUGAUCCAUGUAAUGUGUCAAGUGUAUGUAGCAACAUCAUGCGCGGCACGUACAACUUGAAAUGCCUCAAUGAUUCUUCCUCCCACCACCUUAUAAGGGGAAUGUUGCAGAAGGAUCCGGAACACAGGAUCAACAUCAAUGAGGUUGUGUCUCACCCCUAUUUCUGGGAUGAUGAAAAACGUUCGAAAUAUUUCGUUGCGUUGGUUGGAGCUGCUGUGUGCGAUGGUGGGUUAGUGGAGGGGUUGGGCAAGUUUGAAAGGGAGAUAAUGAACAUGUACAACAAACAAGAAAUGUUGAAUGUUGAAAUUUCCUCGAUUCAAGAAUUAUUCAACUUAAUUCAUGAUUGCCUUCGUUAUCAACAAGUUUUCUCCCACAUUACAUGCAAUGAAGCUUCUACCUCUCCUCAAGUCUACUUUAUGCAAGUGUUUCCUGGUAUUUUGUUGAAAACUUACAACUUAUUUGAUCUGGCAACACUGGAAAAGUACCAACCUACGAUGGAACCAUUGUCAAAGAUUGGGGUGGAAGUGUUGGAAGACAUAAAGCAUGGAGAAGAUGAGAUAUUAGAAGUUGAAAUCCAAACACAUGAUGUCAUUAGUGAGCCAUUCAACGGACAUUCCACCUUGUUCACUUUACUCCCUGAGAUAUCGGAGUCAAAAGUAACAAGGAAGAAUCCAACAUUAUGUUUGAGGAGUGAGGAGCAAAAAGAGGAGGAGUGGGAAAAAAAAGAGAAAGAACAGGAGGAGGAAAUUGUUUCUCCAUCUUCAAGUGAAGCAAUAUUAAUCACAGAGGAUAAAGAUUGGGUGAAUUGUCAUAAUGUUACUUCCCCCACCCCUGCUUACAAUGGAUGGAGUGUUAACGAGGGGUCAAAAGGUCACGAAGAAGUCAAACCCGAUGAUUGGAUCGACAUCGGGUCGCCGUUGAUUAACGACGACAGCCCUCUGAGUACCUCUAGUGGUGGUUCUGUGGACGAUUGUUUCGAUUUCGGACGAAACUACCGGGAUAGUAACGAUUCAGGGGAUUCCCCGGUUCAGAGUCACAUGACCAAUGGUAACCAUGGCGAUGAGGUCAUGACAGCGAAGAAGGUCGGGAAUCCCCUAAAGCAUGAAACAUCCCAUAGAGAUGUUAUAACCAAAUCCACAUGGACGGAUAUUGACGAGUUGGAUUAACGACCUGACCCCCAUCACAAUAAUUUACACUAAAUUUUUUUGCAAAUUCAUUUUUUCUAAAACAAUUUUUUAUAUUCGCUGCUCGAAAAUGAAAUUCGUGUAAUUUGCACCUUCUGCUUGAUAUUUGCCAACUAACUUUAACAUUACGCUUUGUAGCACGGUGUGUAGUUCACUAACACUGGUGUUAAAGUGCUUUGAAAGUUUCUCUCAAACAUUGCUUCUACUUAUUACAUCAUCAUUCGUUUACAUUGUGACAUCAUAAUUGGCAUUUGAGAAUACAAUCACUAUAUUAA